CUUUCAUAUGUAGAUCAUCUUGACUAGGGUCUGUAUGUAGCAAAGCAUAACCAUCGAUUAUCUCCAGUGUCCCCUAGUUCUGCUUGUUAUGACUGUCUCAGUAGUAUUGCGACUUUAGUGAUAAGAACAGUUGGACGACCAAAAUGAUUGAAGCAUGGGCUAUUCGACUUAUUGUGAUUUGUGCCGGUAUCAACCAGGUGGUGAGCGUUGGAAAUGACGAUUUCGUAGACGCCUGCUUCGGACUGGAAGGUGACAAACCUCCCCAUUGCGAGUAUAUUGACUUCGACGAUGUAUUCGAGAGCUCCGAUAUCAAGUUCAACUGGAGCUUCAUAACAAAACUCACCAUCAGCAACAAAAGGAUCAUCGGAAUACCAACGAGGAUGUUCGAAUCGCUUCCGAAUUUGGAAAGUUUCGUUGUAGUAAAUAGCCUAUUCUAUCAAGAAAUCGACCCGAACAGUUUCGUCGAUUGUCACAAGUUGGAGCACAUAGAAAUUACUGGAACAAAUGUGUCAUUUCUUGAUACGCACCUUUUUCCAAAGACGCCAAAGCUGAAACAUCUGCUUUUUCACCAUAACAAAAUUAAGGAAAUAAAACACGAUGCGUUUGAAUUUCUCGUAGACUUGGAGGAACUCAAUCUCUCAUACAACAAUCUGACUAGGCUUCCAAGUGGAGUGUUCCAUAAAUUGAAAAACCUUAAAACGCUAGAUUUGAACCACAACCAUCUCAUACUGCUGAGCUUCGACAGUUGGUUCCCGGUGGAUGGAGUGCACUCAUUAGCAUAUUUAGACGCGUCUUACAACCAGCUAAUUGAGCUCGCAUGGAGCGAAAUCACUGUGAAGAAAGUAAAUCUCAAAUAUAACAACUUGACAAACAUUCAUAUCAGCGGCAAUUGUACGGAGCUCCACGCUUCCUACAAUAUGAUCGAAUCGGUAACGCUCGGAGGCAAUUGUUCAAUUGAAAAGCUGUAUCUUGCACACAAUCACAUCAGCACCUUCGGAGAUCUUCGGAAGUGCUCGGAAACGCUACGCACCCUAGACGUCUCGUUUAACAUCCUCCAGCGGCAGUUCGACUUUCUAGGAAUGAAACAGCUGACGGCGCUGAAUGUGGAGUGCACUAAUCUCACAUUGCAGUACACAACCUUACAUGACCUACGCAAACUCAGAUUCCUAGACAUUUCCUAUAACAACUUGAAGAAGAUCGACUUCGAGAACCUUACCUCGCAGCGGUUACUCGAACGUUUAAUGAUAAGCGGCAAUCCGAUAGGCAAUAUGUCCAUCGUGUCAAUUAAACGCAAUUUUCCAAAUCUGAAAGCGCUGGGAAUUUAUGAUCUACCGUGGAAUGAAUCAUCGCUCUCGGUGGCGAUCGAGGACCUGAAAAAACACGACAUAAAACCGUACAUCAAGAACGAUUACCUAUUCGAGGAGUCGCUGUGCCCGCUGAAAAUAACGCGCAAUUUCAGCGGAAAUGGUGACGAUCAUGAAGAGUCGACCGAACUGAAUCGUGGGUCUGGUGCCGAUAAGACGCUCGAGUAUGUUGUGAUUGUUUUGCUGGUGGCCGUUAUCUGUGGACUUCUGUUCAAGGUGUUUAUGGACAGUAGAUAUUACAAGGAACUGUUUAAGGAUCGUCUUCGUGGUUCGUCGAUUUCCCACGAAAGUUUGGUUAGUUGCGAUCUUAAUGGCUAGUGUGAGAUAAUGCAAUAAAUGGAACGGUGUAAAUCAGUUACA